UUGUUACGUUUUUUUUUUCGUUUCUCCUCUAGUAUUUAAACCACAAAGUUCUACUGAACAACCACCGGAUGAUAAAAUGUUGUUGGAAGCUGAAAAAACAUUGGAUAAAGAAAAACAACAAUCAUUAACAAUGACAACGAAAGAACAACAACAGCAAUCAAAUUCUGUAAUUUCCCAAAAAUCUUUGGCCAGUGGCGCUGGUGGUGGUCAUCCUCAACAACAACAACAACAACAACAACAAAAUUUUGAACCAAUUGUCGAUACAUUAGAAGUUUGUGAUAAAGCGGCAGCAAGACUUCGUGAAUUGGCCAAACAUUUGGAACAUGGUGACAUACCGAAUGAAGUUUUACAGAAAACAUUUCAAUAUGCUGCAUAUGUUUUGGAUACAGUUAGUAUGGAUGAAACAAGACGUCGAUGUAAAUUGAUUGAACAACAAACGCAGCAACAACAUCAUCAUCAUUAUUAUCAUCAUAAUCAACAUCGUUAUCCACAUCAUCAUCGUUUUGGACAUGGAGCAGUUGCAACAUCUGCAACAACAACAGCACAAACAACAAAUUCAGGUCCAAGAUUAUUACGAAGUCAAUCAUCAGCAUCACCGCCUUUACCAUUAUCAUCAUCAUCAUCAUUAGGAUCAUCAUCAAUAAAAUCUUCCAAUUUUUCACAAACACAAUCGCAACAACCAUCAUCAUCAUCAUCAAAAACAAUGAUAAAUGUGGCCAAUGAAUCUUCUUCCAUAACAAAUAAAAUUGGCCAAUAUUCACUGCCUUUUCAAUCAAAAUCCAAUAAUAAUAAUGAUUCAAUAAAAUUGAUGCCAAAUUCAAAUCAAAAAUCAAAAAUUACAAUAACAACCGAUUCGGUUAAAAAAGUUAUACUUGAUCAAGUUGAUCCACAGAAAAAAACAAUAAAUGAUAAUGAUAACAUCGACAAUGAUGAUAAUGUUGUCGAUGUUGAUGAUGAAAAUAUUGAUAAUAAUAAUAAUAAUAAUAAUAAUACAUCAAGCAAUAUGAACAAAUUAAUGACGGAUAAAGAUUCAAGACGUUUAUUGGAUGAAGAAGAUGAAUUGGCUGAAGUAAAACCGGAUGCAGUACCAAGUGAAGUACGUGAAUGGCUUACAUCAACAUUUACAAGAAAUCAGGUUUCAUCACGUAAUCGUACUGAUGAUAAACCAAAAUUUCGUUCAGUUGCUAAUGCUAUACGUGCUGGUAUUAUGGUUGAUAGAAUUUAUCGACGAUUAUUUAGCGCAACAACCAUACAGAUUGCUCCGGAAAUUUCAAGUUUUCUUAAAGGUGCAGAUGAAUGGUCAUUUGAUGUAUUUCAAUUAAAUCAUUUACAACAAGGAAAAGUAUUACGUAAUCUAGCAACUGAUCUUUUGAAUCGUUAUGGUCUUAUACAUAAAUUUAAGAUUCCAACCAGUAAUCUUGAUUCAUUUUUAUCACAAGUAGAAUUAGGUUAUCAAAAAUAUCAAAAUCCAUAUCAUAAUAAUUUACAUGCAGCUGAUGUAACACAAACCGUCCAUUAUUUAUUAUGGGUUACUGGAUUGGCACAAUGGUUGACCGAUUUGGAAAUAUUUGCUACAUUAGUUGCUGCUAUUAUACAUGAUUAUCAACAUACUGGUACAACAAAUAAUUUUCAUAUCAUGUCCGGAUCGGAAAUAAGCCUUCUGUAUAAUGAUCGUUCAGUAUUGGAAAAUUUUCACAUUUCCGAAGCAUUUAGAGUGAUGCGUAAAGAUGAUGCAAAUAUUGUUGCUAAUCUAAGUCGUGAAGAAUAUAGAGAAUUUCGUUCAUUAAUUAUUGAAAUGGUUAUUGCAACUGAUAUGUCAACACAUUUUCAACAGAUAAAAACAUUGAAAACAAUUCUUGGACAUCAGGAUUUUGUUUUAGAUAAACAAAAAGGUUUAUCAUAUAUAUUACAUAGUGCCGAUAUAUCACAUCCAUCAAAAAAUUUUGAUCUACAUCAACGUUGGACAUUAUUGUUGAUGGAAGAAUUUUUUCGACAGGGCGAUAUGGAACGUGAAUUAGGUCUUGCCUAUUCUCCAUUAUGUGAUCGUAAUUCAACAUUGAUACCUCAAUCACAGAUUGGUUUUAUCGAAUUUAUUGUCUAUCCAACAAUGGAACUUUGUGGUGAUCUUAUUGAACGUGUUUAUGAACAUUUAAAUUCAUCAUCAUCACCAUUACCCAAUGCAUCCGCAUCAACAACAACAAUGACAGUAUCGACAACAACAACAACAACAACAAUGGCCACUACUUCAGUGGAUAUAAUCGAUGAAGAUGUUGGUGGUAAUGGUGAUGAUCAAAAGUCUUCCAAUGAUGAUGAUAAUGAUAAUGAUAAUGAUUCAGAAUUUAGAUCUUUGGCCUUGAAACAACAACAACCACAACAACAACAACAAAUAUCAACAACAACAACAACAACAAAUUCAUCAGCCACUGUGAUAACAACAACAGCACCUAUAUUCAAUAUGGUUAUAAAUAGUUCAACAAGAAAAUUAUAUCGUCCAUGGUUACAACAUUUAGAUCAGAAUAAAUCUAAAUGGCAACAAAAAGCAGCAUUUGAAGAAGAAUUGAAAUCGAAACAACAACAGCCAAUAAUUGAUGAUGAUGAUGAAUCAACUGAUCAACAAAAUGGACAAUCCGAAUCAUAAUAAUAGUAUUAGUAAAUUGAUUAAUGAAAUGCAAACUUUAUUGAACUUUUUUUUCAACCCUUUUUUCAAUUCUUCUGGUUGUCUAUGCAGAAGCAAAUGCAAAACGAAAAAAAACAAACAAUAUGGGUGCGAAGAAUAAGGAUACAAACAUUUUACAUUAUUUUUUUGGCAUCAAUAUUUUUUCUUUGUUUUCAUUCUGUUUUUUAAUUACAAUAUUUAAAAAAUAACGAAAAUAACGAACGAACUUGUUUCACACACGUGUACACACACCUAAUAAUAAUGAAUGUUUCACAAUUUUUAUUUAUUUUCACAAAUAUUCUUCAAUUUUCAAACAUUCAAUUUUUUUCUUUUGCAACAAAUAUUGUUAACUUUUUAGUGAUGUUUUUUUCUUACUUGAAUAUCAAGAAAUUUCUCACACAGAAACACACACACACCAAGACAAACAAACAGCCAAGAAUAUUCUGGUUGGUGCUUAUCUCUCUCUCACUAUAUAUUUCGAUGCUUAUGAAGGGGGAGAAAAAAAUUAUUUUUAUUUCAGUUUUUUUUCUUUUUGUUGGACAAAUUAAAUCAAAAUAAUGAUAAUAAUAAUAAAAAAAUUUCAAUGCACAA